CCCGCUCGUCAAUGACCUAAUCUCUCUCUUCCCGACCACCCUCGACUGCCAGCAGUUGCACUCAUAUUUUAUUCACUAUAUAUACUCGAACGAGCCAAGGAUGGAUGCUCUGGUCAACAGGUUGCAGCAAAAACUGCAAGAACACCAAGAGCACGCUGCUCUGCGAGAUACGAUAUCGACUCUAUGCGCGUUAAAAGGGGGUAGAAAGUGCGAUGACGCAACGCGGGAAAGUUUGGGAAAUAAUUUGCGUGUACUACGCAAGGAGGGACUAUGGACGCCAACGGCUGAUGAGGAGAUAACGCUUAGAGAGCUGCAGAAGCCAGGCUCCAGCUCUGAGGCACUCAGACUUACCGCGCACUCAGGGCAAGCGAGUCCUCGAUUACCAUUCUCGUUCGCGAGCCCAACAGCACUACCGAUGGAGCUAUACGGCAUCCUAAAUCAAGCGUACUAUCUUCAUCUACUUGCGACAGAGCCUGAAAAUGUGCUUCCACCUGGAAAGAGCCUGAUCUCAACACUGUUGAGGCCCCACGCUGAGCAUCACGCGCAAUCUGCACUUCAUGAGCGCGUCGAAGAUCUGGUACAUCGAGCCUUUUGGGACGAGGCCCUUGAAUCUCUUCUAAACAUAUCGCCACCAGUACAGCUCACUCGGCUGAAGCGACUGUACGAAGACCUAUACAUCGGACUUUCAUCCUUAUUGCCGAAGAGCCACCCUGUCCUUGUGACCCUAUCAUUGCCACUUUCGCCGACGUCUUCACCCCUUCGAUCUGCAGUAAUUCAUCUCAGGGAGGUCCUGCAGAGCCUUCGGCAACGCUGUGCACCUGCACGAGAUGCGCAGCUCGAUGCGCUCACGCGGACUCUGUCAAAUCUCCCGGCUGGUGCACUUCCCGAGGCUAUCAUACAUGUUGUACGCUCAACGCUGAAAAUCGCAGAGGAAAUGAAAGACGACUUGUCGCAGUUUGUCCUUGGAACCAUGAGCGAACAACAGCUGCGCGACGUGGUCAUUACCGAGGCGGCGAGUCGCGAACGCGAGAUCGUGCUGCAGCUUUGGCGUCUAGAAGUAGUCAGAGACAAAUGGGAACGUUGGCUCGAGGAGAUACAGUAUCCGGUGGGUGCGGCCGAUGCAUCAAUGACAGGCGAACUAUCGCACGGAAUGUUCACUCGACGCCUCAUGAUCGCUCUGGGCACCAACUACGCCGUUUCCUGCGAUCUUCCUACUAUCGCAGUCCAUACAUCUCCCUCGGGUACGCCAGAGCCAGAACCAUCAGCAGACCCGCCUCCGCCGCUUCCUAACUCUCUGCCACCGCCUCUCCUCUUUAUCACACCUUCGCUCUUGCACAUCCAGAACUACCUACAAGCCCUGGUGAUCACCGCAUCACUCCGUGCGCUCGUGCGGAUCCCGAUGACCCCACUGAAGCGCAAGCACGAUGCCGAUGACAACGAGGAACUCUCAGAGCACAGCUUCCUCAAGCGCAUCUGGACCCUGCUCAAGGCCGACAUCGAAGGCGAACCGGCCGCGGACGGCCUGAAGCUCAUGAACCUCGCGGACGAAGUGGUGCGCAUCAGCCAAGCGUACGGCGGGACACUUCACCAGAACGGGGUAGACAAGCAGAACAUGGAGGCGCAGCUGCGCGAGGCCGUGGACCGCACGCUGAAACCGACGGACCUGGUGUUCCAGCUGCUGCAGAGGCGGCUUUUCGGGGCGAUCACGGACCACCUGGUGCAACAUCCGCCCCCGCGGAUGCGGAGCAAGGUGGCACCGGGCAUGCACACCGGCCGCACGACAGGCAGGCUCAACGGCCACAAGCCGAAGCUCGAGCUCGAUGGCCACGAGGGCAUGCACCUCCAGCUCGACUUUGCGCGUGAGACGCUGAACGUGAAGGGUUUCGAGCAUCCCGUCCUUGCGGGUGCCGUCUCGGACAUCCUCCUAAAGCUCCGCGUGUGCAUCGCAUGGACCCAACUCGGCUGGACGGACCUGCUUGAGAAAUCAUAGGGCAUGAAGAACGGCUGAACUGUACGAUACAUCAAUUAGAUAGACUCGCUAGCGUAAUUCGCUAAUCGUUAUACCCUAUUUUAUCAAGCGUAUCAUCGAUGCAAGUCGACGAUAGAACUAUCGAUCAAACGUGUGGGUGCAUGUGUAUGCUCUCUUGGCAACAUCCGGAGCCGUCGGCUUGUCCAAAUACGGUAGAUACCCUGGUGACUUCGAUACUCAAACAAUGUCCAGGUAUAUAUCACGAACACUUCAGGCGAGCUACAGGACUGGAUACGAGACAAGCGAGCUACAGGAUUGGAUACGAAACAAGAGCACACGAGCGACGAAUCAUAUUAAGGUUAUGCCAUGACUUGCCACACCUUUCAGAGGCCCCUGUCAGUCGAAGCAAAUGACGGGUUUAGGACAUCCGAGCUCACCGUGCGGCUUGUUACUCCUCAAGCUUAGAGCUGAAUAGGGAGACAGCCAAUGGAGACGAGGCUGUUCUGAGGUGUGUAGCAAGUGAGUAGCUCAU